CUUUAAUAACGAACAAUCGUGUAUUCUUCGGUACAUUUCAACAAAUGUAUUUCAUCUAAGAGACCAGUUCAUCUUCAUUAUGCCUCAUAAAUUGCAUAAUAUACUAGACUCCAAAAUGUUUAAUAUAUUCGAACUGUCAUAUUACGUUGGCCUAGCCGUGGUUUCAGGCUUUGUUUUAUAAUAUCAUCUACUUUUAUAUUAAUUAGUUUAGUGCGAAAAGUGUUUCCCAUAUACAGUACGCAGUUAGGAUACGGGGAAAUGAGUGUGUGGAACUGCUUGUGCUAUAUUAGCAACAAGAAUGGAAAGAAGUUGACCAUGUUAAAUAUGCAACUCACGUGGAAACGUGAUAUAUUGUAUCUUUCUAUAAAUAAUGUUGGCUACUGAACGCUAACGUUUGUGAAGACUCGUGUUGUUGACAGAAAUGAGAAAUUGUGCAAUUGUGUUUGUGUUUGUGCUACACUUUUGGUGUUGCUGUUGUAUUAAUACUUCUCCUAAGGUCGUAGCUGCUCUUCAGAGAUAUUUUUAUACAAAGUGCGUUUUCUUAUUGAAUGCAGACGAUCAUGAUCUGGUGGUGACAAGUUCUCUAGCACAGUGCCAGUUGCGGCUGUCCGACGAGAUGUGCCCCACCGCAGUUGUCCACACGCUCAGCAGCCCAAGUGAGGCUGCUUCGAUGUGCCAAAGAAGUCGCCCGCUGUUUCUUCUACAUUCAAGCGAUCUGGUCAAAAUGAAGCCACUCCUUUCGUUUGUAGAGGACAGGCGCUUCUCUAGUGCCAUUUGGUUGCUGUUCCUGGACACAAAAGCGUCCCUGGAGGAGUUCUUCACAGACAUUAACAUUCCUUUCGACUGCGAGUUCCUGGUGGCUCAGUCACAAAAUGGCGACGUCAUCGCACUGACGGAAGUGUACCGAGUUAGCCCCACGCUUCCGCUGCAGACAUACCGCUUCGGUAACUGGUCUCCUGGUGGCGGCCUCACCUGGCCCUCGCAGGGCUUCUACCAGAGGAGGAGCAAGUUGAAAGGACUUGUACUGAGGACAGCGGUUUUAAAUGCUUUCUACACACAAAUUGUAGAAGAAAGGAGCGGCAAGCCAAUUAAAAUAUCCGGAUUCUUCGGGGAAAUGUGGAAGUUGCUCGAGGAACGACUAGAAUUCAAGUCUGAUUUCUACAAACCGAGCGAUAAUUACUUUGGGGCCCCCACUGAGAAUGGAUCAUGGAACGGCAUGAUCGGCAUGCUGCACAGAGGCGAGGCAGACUUCGCAGUUGCCAAAUUUGUGAUGAGUCCUGCCCGCUUACAAGCAGUGGACUUCAUUUCAACUUUAGAAAAAGUGAAAACAAGACUCUUCAUCAAGGAGCAGAGAUCACUGCACGUGAAAUGGGACGAAUUCCUGAGACCCUUCACCAAGAGGCUAUGGAUACUGCAAUCGUUUGCGAUGAUCCUCAUUGGCCUUUGUUUCGGAGUGGCAUAUCAUGUCGGUCAGAAGCUAGGUCUUGAGGCCGGUGUAGCCUCGAUACUCCAGAACCUCUACGACGCCUUGUUCUAUACUUUCGCCAGUUUUUGUCAGCAAGGGCGCAGUGUAACACCGCGGAUGCUGUCCUGUCGCGUGGUGUUCGUGACGUCAUACUUCACAGCAGUGGUACUCCUUGCCGGCUACUCUGCCUUCCUCAUCUCCGUACUGACCACCAAAGAGACAAAAGAAUAUCCCUUCACCAGUUUCAAACAGUUCCUUGCGGAUGGCAGCUUCCAGCUGGGAAUGCUUUCGGACUCAGCCUUCACGUUCUACUUUGAGAAUUCAACAGACCCUGUUAUGCAGAAGAUAUACCAGACAAUGAUCGCACCAAACCAACAAAAUUUCCCAUCUUCGGAUGAUGAAGGGUUCCAGAGGGUGUGUGAUGUGCCCAAUUAUGCCUAUAUUACAUACACAGAGCCAGGGUACCGGGAGACAGGGGCCUUCAACUGUGACCUUACGGAGAUUCCGCAGAUUUACAUCCCAGGAUCACUGGCCAUAACGACUGUCAAGAACAGCCCUUACAAAGGAAUCUUCAAUUCAGUAAUCCGGAAGUUGAAAAUAUAUGGGGUCCUGAAGAGGUUGCAUACAACGUUUUACCCCUCCAAAGUGCCCUUAAUGGAGAUUCCUAGACCAGCAGUGUACCUGGUUCAAGUAACACCAGUACUGACUCUCCUAGGUGCUGCAACCUUGAUUGCUACAGUACUGCUCCUGGUGGAGAAUAAGGCAGCUUACAUCAAGACAUGUCUCCAGCUCAGCUGGAAGAGAUUAAACCAACUAUUAUUCACUCCGGUCUUGUACAGUCCUGCACAUAAUAGGAAAAGACAUAUGUAAAAGUAUAACUUGAGAAUGACAAGACUCAUAAAUGGAAAAUAUUCAACCCUCUACAUUUAAAUUAACGAAUGUUCCACAUUUUCCAAGCAGUCCCAGUUAUGAAGACAUUUUCUUCAGAUGAUUCUUCAGGAUCUAAAUUUCAGCAACUGCUGAAUGUUACAGAAAGACACUGCUAAUUUUACAAAAUUUUGAACUGUUUUUACUGCAACAUAUAUAAUUCUUUUAGUGUAUUACUUACUUCAAACUUCCUUACUCUGUAAUUAACCAAGUGCUGGGGUCAGAAACGUAGCCCCAGACACAGAGACCAAAGAUGUGGCAAAGUGCUGCCUGGUCAGGACAAUCACAUGCCUCAGCAGCGACUGAUGGGUAUGGAGCAGUUGCAGAAAAUGGGAAAACUGAAGAAACUUGGAGAAAAAUCUCUUCUGCUGCCACUUCAUACGUCAUGAAUCUUACAUGGUAUCAGCCAGAAUUUAGCCCAAGGCUCUGUGCUGAAAAUCCAUCAUUUAACCAUCCAAGCUAUGACAGACCCUAUAACUGACAUUAUACGUACAUAAAUGAUGAUUGGAAUUCCAACUAGAAAUGGCGAAUUUACUCUAAAAAAAGUAUCUGUAAAGUACUAGGAUUCUAUUUCCUUAAUUACUGUAUAUAUCUGUAAAUUUUAAUCAACUUAUUGGAGAAAAAUCUAUAUACAUUUUCAGGUAAAUAUGGAAAAACUGAGUAGUUUUAUUCUUAUCACAGCAUAAUGUAGGAGCUGUCAUGUUUAUGUCUUCUCUUCACUUCCCGUUGUCACCUGGCAGCAAGGAUGGCAGAAAACAAUGCUCUUUCAGACUACAGAUGAGUACCAGUCUCCCAGCAUGACAAACAUUAUUUGGCUUUGACUAAUUAGAGACAGAUAUAUAAAGUUCUAUAUUAUAGAACUGGUCUACUUCCAUUUGACUAAACUUGUUAAUAUAAUAUACUUACCUCUGAUUGUAUGAUUAUGUUUUAAUUCUUUUUGUACAGUGUGAAAGUCACAUUAUCUGAAAGUUUAAAAUUUAAAUAAAUUCUAAAGAGUUCUGAUGAUUGUAUGUUGUACACUGGCUCACUGGGUUUUAGAACUUAGUUCAUCAUUUAGUAUUUGGAACACAGCAUGACAUUUCGAAAAGUGAAUAUGCUCCUGCCUUCAGGUGACAAGGUGAGGAGGCACCAACUCAGUUCAGACUAUUCAAAAGAGCCAAAUUCAAUCAAUGAACCAGUAACUGCAAUUAGGUAGGAGUACUUUAGAACAUGAGGAUGGAAAGGUACACACAACUGUACAACACCUUAAAUCAUAAAUUUUCAAAUGAAACUGAGGCAUUCCAGCUGAGCCAAAAUGUACUAUACACUAUCAGGACAAAAAUUCAUCAAAAAACUUCUCAUGAUAAUCAUACAGGAUUAUGCACAACAUAAAAUAUACAUAGAAGUUCAAAAUAACAGGAAUUUCACUAAAAAAAUUAACUAAAAAGAUUAACAGAAACUAGAAACAAUAUUCAUAUUUGUUAACAAAAUAUUUUUGAAUAAGUAAAAUCAUAUAAUAAUUUUAUUUAAUGUAUGAAUUACAAUAAAAUUGUCUCUUACAAGUAUCCAUCAUAUAAAUUCAUCACAUUUCUACUGUACAUAAGGAGAGUAAAUCAGAUUUAAUCAUAUUAAAAGUAUGGUUCUUUCUCACUACACAGGUAUCUCCAGAUUUAUGCAACAGUUGUGCUCUCAGGAGUCAUUACGUAACUUGAAUUCAUCUGACUUGAAAUGUAUACUUAUUCUUGUUACUCCACUGAUUUCUCUGUCAAAUUUUCAUAUAGAAAACGUGUAAUUCAGUAAUUUUUGUUCCAUUUUAACUGCCAAAGAAUCUUUAUCUCCUGUUUUAGACAAGUAAUUUCAUAACGCUUCAGUCUUCACAAAGAAAAUUAAACCUACCCCAAUUCAUAAGAAAUGCAUUAAGACAAACUUUGCAUAAGUCAUGGGAUAAUUGUACUUUCAUACAAAACCAAGGCAGUGGUAAUGCUAAACAUAUUUGGAGAUUACAGCUUUCUAGGGCGUUACGCCCUAGUCUAGUAAA